AUCUGGGGAGACAAGAUGGAGCCUUCCCCGUUCAGCAGAAGACAAUGGGCCUCCCAGUCUUUGAAAAUCACUGCCAAGGAGCUUUCCCUGGUCAACAGGAACAAGUCCUCGGCCCUGGCUGAGAGGUUCUCCAAGUAUCAGAAAGCUGCUGAAGAAGCCACUGCUGAGAAGAAAAGAAGUAACGCGGAAAACCUGCCCCCUCACUUCACCAGGGGCAAUCUGAGCGUGCUGAAGAAGAAGUGGGAGAAGCCGGCGCUGGGAGCCGAGUCCGGGAGGGAAUCGCUGCGGGGCGGCCGCGCUGAGCUUCGGCACAAGGUCGGGACCGGCCGCGCUCCUUCCCCAUCCCCGGGGGCUGGAGCUGCCCCCGCCGACGGCUCGAAGGCCAGAACCCGCUCCCCGGAGGGUGCCAACAUGGAAAACUGCGUGAGAGAGCCCAGGGAGGGGGAAAAGCCCGAGGCCGGCGAGGGCGCGGAGCCCCCGGGCAGGAUCGAGAAGUACAACGUGCCCCUGAGCAAGCUCAAGAUGAUGUUCGAGAAGGGCGAGCCCCCCCAGCCCAAGGUGCCCAGGGAGCCCAGGAGGACGGCGCUGGGCAGGAGGGUCUCGGAGAACAGCGUCUCCUCGGAGGACUGCGACGCCGGAGCAGUGACUGUCCCAGUGAUUGUCCCAGUGAUUGUCCCAGUGACUGUGACUGUCCCAGUGACUGUCCCAGUGACUGUCCCAGUGAUUGUCCCAGUGAUUGUCCCAGUCAAACCCAGCAAGUCCCUCCCUGAGCCCCCGGGGUCUGUCCCUGCCUCAGCCUGGGGGGGUUUGCUGGGCUUGUCCAGGUCCCAGAAGGCCAGGGGGGCUCAUUGUCUCCUUCUCUUGCAGGUUUCUGCGGGGGAGAGCAGCUCGGCUGUGCCCUCUGCUCUGCUGGAGGAUGGUCACGCUGGACAGAACUCGGAGAGCGAGGCAGAAGCUCAGAAACCUGUUGGCACAAAGCAGCAGAACGUGGGUGCCCGAGCAGCUGCCCAGGCUGAGGCCUCCCCACCCAAAGCCGUGAAGAAAUUCCAGUUGCCAAUGAAGGAGACCUGUGUUGGGUGUCAGAAGACCGUGUACCCCAUGGAAAGGCUCUUUGCCAACCAGCAGGUGUUUCACAUCAGCUGCUUCCGCUGCUCCUACUGCAACAGCAAGCUCAGGUACCCGCCCUGCUCCCCUCGGGAGGGUGUUUUCCUCUGCUCAGGCUCAGCUGAGCUGGAGGCCGCACUGCAGCCGUCCCAGGAGUGGUUACACAGGCCUGCUCCUGCCAGGGAUUCCCUUCAGGUCCUGGAAGGCCACAAUUAG